CGGGCCGCGGAGCCCAUGUCGGCCCUGAGGCGCUCGGGCUACGGCCCUAGUGACGGUCCGCCUUAUGGCCGCUACUACGGGCCCGGGGGUGGAGAUGUGCCCGUGCACCCACCGCCACCUUUAUAUCCUCCUCGUUCGGAACCUCCCCAGCCUCCCAUUUCCUGGAGGGUGCGCGGGGGCGGCCCGGCUGAGACCACCUGGCAGGGAGAAGGCGGAGGAGGCGAUGGUUACUAUCCCUCUGGUGGCGCCUGGCCGGAGCCGGGUCGAAGUGGAGGAAGCCACCAGGAAGAGUCACCUUAUCCUAACUACAAUUCUAACUAUUGGAAUUCUUCUGCCCGGGCUAGAGCUCCUUACCCAAGUACAUAUCCUGUAAGACCAGACAUACAAGGCCAGAGUCUGAACUCAUACACUAAUGGAGCAUACGGCCCACCAUACCCCGCUGGGCCUGGGGCAAAUACCGCCUCAUAUUCUGGGGGUUAUUAUGCACCUGGAUAUAGUCAGAGCAGCUACUCCACAGAAGUUCCCAGCACAUAUCGUUCACCUGGCAGCAGCCCCAGCCCAGUCUCGCGCUGGUUAUAUCCCCAGCAGGACUGCCAAACUGAAGCAUCCCCUCUUAGUGGGCCGGUACCAGGAUAUCCUCCUUCACAGAACCCUGGAAUGACCCUGCCUCAUUAUUCUUAUGGGGAUGGUAAUCGUAGUGUUCCACAGUCAGGACCAAGUGUGCAACCACAAGAGGAUGCCUGGGCUUCUCCUGGUGCUUAUGCAAUGGGAACCCGCUACCCCUGGCCCUCAGCUACGCCCUCAGCCCCACCUGGGAAUCUCUACAUGACUGAAAGUACUUCAUCGUGGCCUAACAAUGGCUCUCCUCAACCGACUCCUUCACCAACACCUCAGCAGUCCAAGGAGUCUUCAUACUCCUAUAAUCAAUCAGAUCGAGGCGUGAACCGGCACAACUGUCCUUGCAGUGUCCAUCAGUAUGAAUCUUCGGGGACAAUGAACAAUGACAAUUCAGAUCUUUUGGAUCCCCAAGUCCAAUAUAGUGCUGAGCCUCAACUGUAUGAUAAUACCACUAAUGAACCUCCCAGGAAUCAAGAUCAAAGUAUUAGUCAUCCUGAAGAGAGUUUGUCUUCAGAUGAAGGUACUCCUCCAAGUAUUAAAAAAAUCAUAAAUGUGCUGGAGAAGGUCCAGUAUCUUGAGCAAGAAGUAGAAGACUUUGUAGGAAAAAAGACAGACAAAGGAUAUUGGCUUCUAGAAGAAAUGCUAACCAAGGAACUUUUGGAGCUGGAUUCCAUUGAAACUGGGGGCCAGGAAUCUGUCCGGCAGGCCAGGAAAGAGGCUGUUUGUAAGAUCCAGGCCAUCUUGGAAAAAUUGGAAAAAAAGGGAUUAUGAAAGGGUUUAGAACCAAAGCCUGUUACUAACUUGACCAAAGAACUCUGGAUUUUGGUUAGUAACCCUCUUUCUUUUGAGACGGCUGUGGAUGACUGGAAGCAAUACAUCCACCUUAACUUUGCUUCUCACACUGCAGAGCCUGGCAAAGGACUUGGAAAAACAUUGUAAUAAUGAAUUGUCUUCAGACCCAUGAAUGUAGUAGGAAACUACGGAGUUAUUGCCAAGUAAGGUUACUCCUUGCCUCAGAAAUGUAUGGAUAUUUGCAAGCUGCUAUCAAGCAGGAGGGGACCACUUCAUGUAACAGGCUUAUCAGGAACAUGCCAGAUGAGACUGGUAUGACCUGAGACAAACAGGUUCUGUUUUUGUUUUGUUUUUUAAACAGCUGGAUUACUUGUCAAUUUUUUGUACAUUGUGACUGCUUCCUGCGUACACUUCAUGUGUAAAUUACAGCUUGGACUUUAGCCUUCAUGGAUCUCUGUUUGGUGUGUUAUUUGCAGUUCAUAAAUAGACUAUCAUUCUCUACUUCUUGGUAUAUUUUGUAGUAAUAUGUUUAAUAUUAUUUCAAGAGAUCAUAUUGACAGCCAGGAAGUAUGGCAAUUCUGAAUGGAUUUGUAUCUUUUCACCACUUGAGUAUAUUGCAACAUGUAGUGAGUUCCUGAGGUGAGCUGUUUGUCUCCCUUUUUGUAUACACUUCUAUUUUCAUGGUACUAGUGGAAGAUAAAUGUGCAUUGAUGUAGGAAUGAAAAUAUUUGUGAACCUUUCUCUUUUGCUUUUUACCAUAUUUUAGAUAAAGAUACACUUUAAAAUGGCUUUUUAACCAAAUUUUCUUUUUACUGCUGCUGCUUCUAUAGAGAAAGCAAUGUGGCAGAUGAUAAACUGUAGCCACAGUUAGUAGAAAUAACAACUCAGCAAAAUAAAAAUGAUCCCUUCGGUAAGACCGUUUUCCAUCUACAAUCAGUUUCACUUUCGAGAUCCCUGUGAGCAGAAUUCAACUCAGUUUAGAGUAGAAAACAAUGAGGGCGAAAGGGGAUUCAUGCUCAGGUAUUGAAUCAGCCAUAGCUAGAGUGGAAAAAUAUUUCCUUGUUUUAAGGGUAUAUUUGAUGAUUAACUCUAUUUCCCUAUUGUAAAUUGCACAGAGAGAAUUGCCUGUUUUAUAAAAAGAUGUUUAUUGCCAUUAUAACAGUCUUCUUAGAACCAAAUUUAUGGGAGGAGUGUUAAGAGUCGUAGUUGGGCUUGCUAAGUAGUGCUAAUGCUGUUCUAUAAAAAAGAUUAUGUAAAUAACUUACUUUUUACAUCUGAGGUGAGUUUUAGUAUACAGUAUCUGUUAUUGGAAAAAGAGCUGUUUCUUAAUAAGAUUUUCAAGUGAUAAUUUUUUUAAGACUGCCAAGCCUAUACAUAAAAAAUAUAUCAGCUAUCUCCUCCCUCUAUAAACAAAGCCAAACUGAUACAAGCACAUUGUAUGUUGAGAAGAAAUUUAGUAAAAAUACUGGUUAGGUUUUGUAGUUGGAUGAGUGAUUUUAAAAUAUGUAGUGAUAAUCUUAUUCUAGGGUUUUUAUCUUUGACUUAAUGAAGGAAUGUUAAAGAGUUUUUUUCUAUGAAAAUUAAGUUAUAAUUGAAGCUGAACAUUAAAAGACAGCAUAGGACCUUACAGCUUAGUUACCACAAACCAGUGAGAUGAUGACUAAUACAGAAUAGAACACUGGUAUUUAACUUACCAAGUGCCCAGAAUGCCAUUUUCCAUGACGUCUUGAUUUGUUUGUGUAUAUACACAUACACAUAAGGCAAAGAUAGACAUAUAUUUGUGUGUAUGUGUAUGUCUAAAUGAUUAUUUUAUAAUUUUGGACAUAGUUUUAGACUACAGAAGAGUUAUAAAAAUAGUACAGCAUUCCUCUGUAACUUUUACCCAGGUUCCCCUUAUGCUGACAUCUUACAUACCAUUGAAAAUUUGUCAAAAUUAUGGAAUUAAUCUUGCUUUAAUAUUAGCUACAGUAGAAAAUUUUAGAGAUUUUAUUGUUCUUCCCACGAAUGUCCUCUUACUGUUCCAGCAUCACACACUGCAUUGAAUUGUCAUGUCUCUGUAGUUGACACUACAGAGUCUAUCCUAGUAGGAGGUGUCCAUGGUGUUGUAAUGUAUUUUUGAUGUUGUUAACCUUGGCUAAGGUGGUGUCUGCUAGGAUUCUCUAUGAUAAAUUCUUAUGUUUCCCAUUGUAACUACUACAUAUUCGGUAGUGAGAUAUUUUAGGCCUAUGCAAAUGCUUUAUUUCUGCUUAAAGUUUUUUGCACUCACUUUAGUAUCCAUUGGUAAAUAUUGCUUGUGAUAAUUACUGUGGUGUUCUAAUGGUGAUUUCUACUCAAUUAUUUCUACAUUUGUUCACUGUAAUUUUGUAAGGGAAAGUUGUCACUUCUGGAUUAAUGUUUUUCAUUCUAAUGGUAAUCAGGAUGCUAAAUUCUAAAGUCUUAGAAUUUAAAGAUGUUAAACCAUGUUAAAGUGAUUCAAAAUAUUUCCAAAAAAUGAAAAACGAUGUUAGUGGCCUCUCUCGGAAAAUAUAAUGAAUGUAAGAAGGGCACUUGUAUACGUGAUUUGUAGAAUUGGAUCAACUUUUGACUUAAUAACGCCAAGCUGAACUCAAAUUUUUCUUGAAGUUUAACAAGAUUAAGUGUCUACAUUUAUAUUACUUUGAGCAUCAUUUUUGUCAAAAUCUUGAAUAAACAUACCUAGACUUAGCAUGUUAAA